AUGUUGUACACCGUAUCACAUGCUACAGAGGGUAUGGCCCAAAAAGAUAACAGAACACCAAAUGCUCCACCAAAAUGUACAGAAGCAGCAAAAAGUUACGUGAGGAGCUUCAUUGAAAAACUCCCUGCAGUGCCGUCGCACUAUAACAGAAAAAGGACUAAAGAUUGCAAUGAAACCGGCCAAGAAAAUGUUAGUGAGACUGUAUUCAGAAGUAUUUUUAGGGAAUACAAUAUCAGCUUCCAUAUUCCAAAAAAAGAUAAAUGCAUAACAUGUAUCAACGCUGAAAACAACAAAGAAACCAUGACUGAUAUUGAUAAAGAGUCGAUGAAUGCACAUAUUGAAGAAAAAAAUGCUACAAAACUGAGAUUCAAGAUCCAUCAAAAUCUAAGGACAUUAAACAAUGAAACAAUCGUUUCUAGUUUUGACUUACAGAAAGUUUUAAACACACCGCAUGGGGAAAGUAUGCUGUUAUAUUAUUCUCAUAAAUAUGCAGUUUAA